GGGGGACCCGCCGCGGCUGCUGCCACCGCCGCCACCACCGCCUCUGUGCUCGUGGGGUGGGAAGGAGGUGUGAGUCCCGGGCGCGAGCCGGCGGCUGCGCCGCUGCGGGAGGGUAGGCGGUGGGACGGCGAUGGCGGAUAUAGAUAAACUCAACAUCGACAGCAUCAUCCAACGGCUGCUGGAAGUGAGAGGGUCCAAGCCUGGGAAGAAUGUCCAACUCCAGGAGAAUGAAAUCAGGGGUCUGUGCUUAAAGUCUCGGGAGAUCUUUCUCAGUCAGCCUAUCCUGCUAGAACUUGAAGCACCACUCAAAAUAUGUGGUGACAUCCAUGGGCAAUACUAUGAUUUGCUUCGACUCUUUGAGUACGGUGGUUUCCCACCAGAAAGCAACUACCUGUUUCUUGGGGACUACGUAGACCGGGGGAAGCAGUCCUUGGAGACUAUCUGCCUCUUACUGGCCUACAAAAUAAAAUACCCGGAGAACUUUUUUCUUCUCAGAGGGAACCAUGAGUGUGCCAGCAUCAAUAGAAUUUAUGGAUUUUAUGAUGAAUGUAAAAGAAGAUACAAUAUUAAACUCUGGAAAACGUUUACAGACUGCUUUAACUGUUUGCCAAUAGCCGCCAUCGUGGAUGAGAAAAUAUUCUGCUGUCACGGAGGUUUAUCACCAGAUCUUCAAUCUAUGGAGCAGAUUCGGCGAAUUAUGCGACCAACUGAUGUGCCCGAUCAAGGUCUCCUUUGUGAUCUUUUGUGGUCUGACCCCGAUAAAGAUGUCUUAGGCUGGGGUGAAAAUGACAGAGGAGUGUCCUUCACAUUUGGUGCGGAAGUGGUUGCAAAAUUUCUUCAUAAGCAUGAUUUGGAUCUUAUUUGUAGAGCCCAUCAGGUGGUUGAAGAUGGAUAUGAAUUUUUUGCCAAGAGGCAGUUGGUCACUCUGUUUUCUGCCCCCAAUUAUUGUGGAGAGUUUGACAAUGCUGGUGCCAUGAUGAGUGUGGAUGAGACGCUGAUGUGCUCUUUUCAGAUUUUAAAGCCGGCAGAGAAAAAGAAGCCGAAUGCCACUAGACCCGUCACACCACCAAGGGUUGCAUCAGGCCUGAACCCGUCCAUUCAGAAAGCUUCCAAUUAUAGAAACAAUACUGUUCUUUACGAGUGACCGAUUAUGCUCUAUGUGGCCUACAUGCUUUAUUCUGCGGUGAAGUUGAGGCUUCUAAGUCAAAACGAAGGAACUAACUAUCCACCAGUUUAUACAGAGCUCACAGUAUCUAUGACUUUUUUAAACUAAGAUCUGUUAAAAAAUGUUUCAACAGAUGACCGUGUAUAAUACCAUGUGGUGAAAAUGAAGUCAGACUUAUUAAAUGCAAAACUUGUUCAAUCCUCUCAGUGUCUAUUUAUCAGCACAAUACACACAGGAGAACUGUUAAUGGCAUCUUGAAUAGAUUUUAAUGAAUAAAUUGCUCUGGAAACCA